AUGGACGUGGAAAGUCAGACAACUGCAGAGGAUGUUGAUGGUGUUGAUAGCAAUGAGACUGGUGUUGAGCUUGCAGCUGGUCUGGACCAAGAUAGAAUUCACAUCACGCCAGUACCUAAAUAUUUUGGUUUUAAGCAAUUUAAGAAACUUCUGGAAAAGCAUCUAUCUGGCAUAACUAUUGGGAAGAUACGGCAGAUGAAAUUCGAUGCGUAUGUAAGCUUUAAAUCUGCUGAAGAUGCGCAGAAAGCCAUUUCAAAGUUGGACGGGUUGCAAGUGAAGAAGACAGUUUUGAAAGUUCAACUUGCCCAGACUGAGCAAAAGACUGUUCCAGCCAAAGAUGCUGAAUCAUAUAAGGUCAGAACUGCUAGGGAAAGUGUUACCAAACUCGCUGAUGUCCCCUACAGUGAACAAUUACUGCAAAAGACCAGGACUUCUUUGAAAGUUUGCGAACGAUUACUCGCAGAGAUGAGGAAAGCCAAUGUCGAUGAAGUAAAUCAGCUGCUCCCAGCAAAACUUGUGAAGGAGAUAAGACCAUCGCCAAAGACGACAGGCUAUCGGAACAAAUGCGAAUUCACCAUUGGUAUGACGCAUGAAGGACAGGUGUGCGUUGGAUUUGUAGGUGGCCGUUUCUCCAAUAACGAGCAUUACGUCAUUCCUAUUGGUGAUGUUGAUAACAUCACAUCGAUCAUGAAGAGAAUUGUCGAAGCAGUAACAGAUUUUGUGAAAGCGUCAGGUUUGCCACCAUUCGACGAAUUUUCUCGCGUCGGGGUCUGGAAGAUGCUUACUGUGCGGCAGUUUGGCGGAGAUGUAAUGCUCAUCCUCACUGUCAACCCCUUUGAGAAUUCCGCGGAAGAAGAAAAGCUCAAGCAAGAAUUCUCUGCGAGAUUUCUGAAUAGAUCAACAUUCCUGGAGGACGGCUUCAGGGUGACAUCAUUAUAUUGGCACUCUUUGGCCAAUUGCAGUGAUCAAGUCGACUAUGAGCACAUUGGAGGAACUCCAUAUAUCUAUGAAUCUGUUUUGGGGUGUCGCUUCCGUGUUUCGCCAUCCGCCUUCUUUCAAACAAACAGCCAGGCGGCCGCUGUAUUGUAUGCCACUGUUGGAGAAGCUUGUGGGCUCGCGCUGUCAGUAUCACCGCCAAUUGAUACGGAGAAGAAAGAAUCAGAAGAAGUCAACCCCAAGCGUUUGAAAUUAGAUGAAUCCACAAAUGAGGCUCCAGGAAGGCAAGAUGAGUUACCUCUCGACGGCGCUAAUAACGGUAUGGAAGCACGACCAACAGUUCUGCUCGAUAUUUGUUGCGGAACAGGAACUAUUAGUCAAUGUAUCCUCAAAGAAUUCAAGAAAAACAAUAAGGUAUUCUGUAUUGGUAUUGAUGUAGUAGAAGCGGCCAUAAUAGAUGCUAAAGAAAAUGCCAAGGGCAAUGGAUUAGGAGAUGACAUGUAA